ACACACACACACACACACACACACACACAGAGAAUUAUAUGAUUGCUCAGAAACGGAUAUCUUUAUGGAUUAAUUCUUAAUCGUUACAAACAGGAAGUGAAAGAAAAGGAAUGAAUUCAUAGUAUAUUGUUAUUAUAUAAUUGAAUAUUAUACAUAUGUAUAUGUAUGCUACUUAGGAUAUAGUAUUAACAUACAAUUCAAUGCUAUUAAACGAUUUCUUCUCAAUUUUAGUUAGACACCGAAUACACCGACGCGCAUCCUUCCUUUAUAAAAUCGAAAAAUUCUGUCUUCUUUUCGCAUACAUAUAAAUCCAUUGGAAUUGCGUUGCACUGUCAUUUAUAAUCGAAUGCAGAGUUGAAGAUUCUUAUUCGGCUGCAUUCCUAUUCUGUAAACUAUAAUCACAACCAUAUAAUAUCCCGACCGUUUUCUCCGCAAUUCAAUAGGCAUUUAAACCGAAAUACUGGCUCGCGUCGCUAGAAUUUUCCUUUUACCCUAAAACUGAAAAACGUUGUGAACGAAGUUCCGUUAUCGACGUGUAAUGCUAUCCGAUGAAUAUAUCCUCUAUUGUAUCGGAAGCAUCGGAAUUAACAGACGACGAAUCCCAUUGUUGUACGAAGAAAUACAAAGUACAAGAAAUAGGCUUGAAUUUUAUCGUAAUCGCGAAUUUGAGUUACCGAUAUUAUCUAAUCUAAUCUGUCCAGUAUUACCCAGGUUAAGGGAUUUUUUUUUUUUUCUUAACGAAUUGAUGAGUCGUCGUAUGAUAUACGCGUACUGUGACAGCAAUUUUAAACUUUAAUUUGCGAUGUUUGUUAUUCUAAAUUUACGGUGUCUUAAGCAUAACUAGACGUUGAUAUAAAUUCGCAUAAAAACAACGCCCAUGUCUUCUUGAUUAAUGCGCGGGAAUACACGCGGUUUUGUGACUAGAAAAAUUCAAAUCCGACGAUCUGCUUUGUACUUAUUAGGUAUGUGACAGAUAGCUGCUGGAAGUGCUGGUUUUUAAUUAACCCGUACCGAGCAUAACAACGGGAUUGUAACAUUGUGGUGUGGGCAAAAGCAGAUGCACUGAUAAUGACUAUCGCAGAUAACAAUGUGUCUUAUCAUGUACGAAGUAUAUAAAGAUAUGAUUAUUUUAUGUAUGCACGAACUAUAUACGAUACACACAUAGUGUGUUCCAUCGGAAAUCCGUGGUUUCGUUUUUCCGCCUAUCACAAUAUCGAGCUUGCUUCUUGGACUGGUGCACAAUAUUGUUUUUGCCGUAUAUUCGUCGCGUGGUUUUUAACUGUUGCUGGGUAAAUAUAACGUACAUUGUGCUAUACACUUGUAUAAAAUCAAUUUAUUGUCUUAUCGUCAAAAGUGUAGAGUGACAGGGUGAUCCUAAGAAAGUAUUCACCGUGAAAAAAAAACCUUGUCUGAUUCUCCUGGCAUCUGUAUUCAGGAGUUAAUUGGUUGGGAUGCCUGCAGCCGAGAGGAAAUUACGCGUAUGCGUCAUUGGCACAGGUGCUGCGGGCCUUUGCGCAUUGCGUCACUUGGCGACCGAGCCCGCGGUUUUUGAAUUUGAAGCAUUCGAACAGACUGAUCACAUUGGCGGCACGUGGGUUUAUAACGAGAGCAUCGGAGUCGACGCUAAGAAUCAACUUCCCAUUCACUCCAGCAUGUACGAAAGUCUCAGAACAAAUUUGCCAAGUGUAAUAAUGAACUUUCCUGAUUGGCGGAAGAUGGGCAACGGCGAGAAGAGCUGCAUCUCGCACUCCGAAGUCUUAUCUUAUUUAGAAGAUUACACAAAUCAUUUUGAUCUUCGUAAAUAUAUUACGUUCAACACCAGCGUUGAGACUGUACAACCCAUAUGCAAUGUUCGGUGUACCGAUCCUGCAACCUUGGUUACUUCAUCAGUAGCUAAUCGUCGAAUUUGGAAAAUAAAAAUAAAGAAUGUCCUAAACCGUACCAUAGUGGAAAGAGAAUUCGAUGCUGUAUUUUGCUGCAACGGUCACUUUUUUGAACCGAACGUUCCGCCUAUACCCGGGAUUCAACGAUUUCCUGGCAUAGUAAUGCAUAGCCACGAUUAUCGCAAACCACAUCCGUUCACUGGUAAAACCGUCCUUGUCUUGGGAGCAGCUUCUUCUGGCGCUGAUAUUGGAAUUGAACUGACCGGAUACGCUCGCCACGUUUAUCUUAGCCACAACAAUCCUAGACUGAUUUCGGCUCUACCGGCGAACAUGACCGAGGUGAUGGGCGUAACCGGGGUGGAAGGCAACCGAUUCAUCCUCAAAGAUGGGACAAGCCUGUUCGCAGAUGCAUUCCUGUAUUGUACGGGGUACAAGUACAGUUUUCCUUUCCUCGACGAGACCUGCGGAAUUACAGUUGACGAUAACUACGUUCACCCCCUUUACAGGCACAUGAUAAACGUCGAACAUCCAACGAUGUGCUUUGUCGGGAUACCACUCGUUGUUGUGCCGUUUCCAAUGUUUCAUAUACAAGUACAAUACUUCAUCGCCUCGCUGAAAGGUAACGUGCGUCUACCCUCGAAGGAUAUCAUGCUUCAGGACGCGUUGUGCAAGUCACCGUUAAAACGACGCGCGCAUCGGCUUGCGGACAAUCAGUGGGAAUACAACGACGGCUUGGCUCGAGACGGGGGUUUUGAGCCUCUUCCACCCUUCUACAAAGCCGGGUAUUCGGCGUGGAAAAUUCAGAGAAGUCGGAACUUGAUGCACUACAAGGAUGCGAAAUUCGUCAUUGACGACGAUGGCGAAAGCGUGCAGAUAAUACCAAACGAUAAUACUGCACCUGUGAUGUCUAGAUAACUGAAGUAGUUGGAACAUAAUUAUUCGUUCAUAAAUAUUUUUUUUUUCAAGUCUUUCCAAAAAGAAUUGGUUUUGAUAACGUAUCAAGCACGCUAGGGAAAAUAUAAUUCAUGUACCGUUUGAUACUACAUACGAUGUAGAUACUUUUUACGUACAUAUAAUUCAGCGUCACUUUGACAGGGACAGGAACGAAAGCCCGAUUUUAAAUCCACGAGAAAGUUUACUUUCUGGUUAGAUUCGAAUUUAUACGUUAUAUACUGGUAUAAAUGCCGAGCAAUGUAGAUGUUGAGAUUGUUUCUAAUAGGAUUUUAGAUUUCGAUUCUGAUGAAUCCUAAUCGGGAGUAUCUCGCAUUGUCGACGGGAUCAUCGUUAUACGUAAUUGAAGAUUAAAUGAAAUCAUUUCUCACGUCGCAUGUUUUCUCAUCAUCUUUUCAUCGUCUCAUUUCUGUUUUUUGCGAGGAAAGUUGCGAGGCGUUGAUGUAAAAGAAGAUACAACACUGCGAACGUCCACAAUUGAUUGCACUGUACUGUGAUUAUUCGGUCAUCGUCGAGGCGGUUAGUUUUAAAAUCGAACAAAAAAGGUUCUAGUUUAUAGACAAAUGGCCACCUAUUGCCGAAAUUGCAUGAUCUAAGAUAAUGCCUUACAAUUAGUCUGUCUCUCCGUUGCAGUUGCUUUCAAAACAGUACCAAACAGCGUUUUUUCAAAUUUCGGAUUUUAUGAGUAACAUUGCCGCCAGCUUAAGGAAAUAUUGAUCGAUUUUGUACGAUAGUGGUUGACAAUGAAAUAAAACAAAGAAUUUAGAAUCGAAACAAAUUUAUUUAUAACACAAGGACAUCUGUAAUACAAUGAUACCAUAACUAGCUCGUUCAAUAUAUUUAUUUUCAUACAAUA